AUGACAGGGAUCAGUGCCUCAGGUCAUGAGGAAGAAAAGGAGAGGUUCACGGUUGGUGCUAAGACAUUCAAAAUGAGGAAACACCGGCAUUUGCCCUUAGUGGCCCUCUUUAGCCUCCUCCUCUCAGGCAUUGCCAUGACUCAUGCCCAACAACAAUCAGAUGUCAGAAACGGUGCGGCUGCUGACAUAGUGUUUCUAGUGGAUUCCUCUUGGAGUGCUGGGAAGGACCGUUUCCUGCUCGUUCAAGAGUUUCUGUCUGAUGUUGUAGAGUCUUUAGCUGUGGGAGACAAUGAUUUCCAUUUUGCUCUGGUCCGGCUCAACGGAAACCCACAUACCGAGUUCCUGUUAAAUACGUACCACACUAAGCAAGAAGUCCUCUCUCAUAUUCUGAACAUGUCUUACAUUGGGGGAAGCAGUCAUACGGGAAAAGGAUUAGAAUACAUAAUUCACAGCCACCUCACCGAGGCUUCUGGAAGCCGGGCCGCUGCUGGAGUCCCUCAGGUUAUCAUAGUGUUAACCGAUGGACAAUCAGAGGACGGCUUCGCUCUGCCCUCAGCGGAACUUAAGUCUGCGGACGUUAACGUGUUUGCAGUUGGAGUUGAGGAUGCAGAUGAAAGAGCCUUAAGAGAAAUAGCCAGCGAACCGCUCAGUAUGCAUGUUUUCAACCUAGAGAACGUUACCUCACUUCAUGAUAUAGUAGGGAACUUAGUGUCCUGUAUACACUCCUCCGUGAAUUCAGAGAGGGCUGGGGAUACGGAAAGCCUUAAAGACAUCACAGAGAGUUCUUUUGUGGUAUUUACAACCUUAGAAAUGGCUCCCAAAGAGUAUGGAAUACUGGGAGUGGAAGGAAGGGCACACAUGGGGAAGCCCUGUCAGGGGUGUGUCUCACUGUGUUCUCUGUGCUUCACUGCAGUUCACGUAAACAAACGGGAUAUCAUCUUCCUUUUGGAUGGAUCCGACAACGUUGGAAAAAACAAUUUUCCUUACGUGCGUGACUUUGUAACCAACCUAGUUAACAGCCUCGAUGUUGGAAGUGACAAUAUCCGUGUCGGCUUAGUGCAAUUUAGUGACACUCCCGUCACAGAGUUCUCUCUAGACACUUACCAGACCAAGUCAGAGAUGCUUGCUCACCUGAGGCGCUUGCAGCUCAAGGGGGGCUCGGGCCUGAACACAGGCUCUGCCUUGAGCUAUGUCCAUGCCAAUCACUUCACGGAGGCAGGCGGCAGCAGGAUCCAGGAACGUGUGCCUCAGCUGCUGCUCCUGCUUCUGGCGGGCCCUUCUGACGAUGCCUAUUUGCAAGCUGCCAAUGCCCUGGUGCGCGAGGGCGUGCUGACCUUCUGUGUGGGGGCCAGCCGGGCGGAUAAGGCUGAGCUAGAGCACAUUGCUUUUAAUCCGAGCCUGGUGUAUCUCAUGGGCGAUUUCAGCUCCCUUCCAGAUUUGCCUCAACAGCUGAUCCAGCCCCUAACCACAUAUAUUAGCGGAGGUGUGCAGGAAGUUCCACUAACCCAGCCAGAGGGCAAGCGGGACAUUCUUUUCCUCUUUGAUGGCUCAGCCAAUGUCGUGGGCCAGUUCCCUACCAUCAGAGACUUUCUCUACAAGAUCAUUGAGGAACUUGAUGUGAAGCCAGAGGGGACCCGAGUAGCGAUAGCUCAGUUCAGUGAUGACGUCAAGGUGGAGUCACGCUUCAAUGACCACCAGAGUAAGGCUGAAAUCCUGAAUCUCCUGAAAAGGAUGAAGUUAAAGACGGGCAAAUCUCUCAACCUGGGCUAUGCUCUAGACUACGCACUGAGAAAUAUCUUUGUGAGGUCCGCCGGCAGCCGCAUCGAGGAGAGCGUGCAGCAGUUUCUGGUCCUGCUAGUGGCUGGUCGGUCGACAGAUGCUGUGGCAGGGCCAGCAAACUCCCUGAAGCAGAGAGGAGUGAUACCAUUCAUCUUUCAAGCCAAGAACGCUAAUCCUGAUGAGUUGGAGCUGAUUGUGCCAUCCCCUGCGUUCAUCCUGGUGGCAGAGUCGCUUCCUAAGAUUGGGGACCUCCAGCCACAGAUUGUGAGCCUUCUGAAAGCAGCACAGAGUGCAGGGCCUGUAUCAGGUGAAAAGGAUGUGGUGUUUCUGAUUGACGGCUCCGAGGGUGUCCGGAGUGGCUUCCCCCUGCUAAAGGAGUUUGUGCAGAGGGUAGUGGAGAGCCUGGACAUAGGUCCUGACCGGGUGCGUGUGGCCCUGGUACAGUACAGUGACCAGCCCAGGUCUGAAUUCUACCUGAAUUCCUACAUGGACCAACAGGGUGUCAUCAAUGCCAUCCGAAGGUUGACACUGCUGGGUGGCCGGAUCCCCAACACAGGGGCGGCGCUGGACUUUGUGUUGAGGAAUAUCCUGACCAGUUCCACAGGGAGCAGGAUAGCAGAAGGUGUUCCCCAGCUGUUGAUUGUGCUCACAGCCGAAAGGUCAGGGGAUGAUGUGAGAGGCCCCUCGGUGGUCCUGAAGCAGGGAGGGGCAGUGCCCAUUGGCAUUGGCAUCGGGAACGCUGACAUCUCUGAGAUGCAGACCAUCUCCUUCAUCCCGGACUUCGCUGUGGCCAUCCCCACCUUCAGGGAGCUUGGGACGGUCCAACAGGUCGUCUCUGAGAGGGUGAUCCAGCUCAAUCGUGAAGAGCUGAGCACCUUGAAACCAGUGUUUCUGCCCUCGCCGAGUGCAGGUGCAGGCAGCAAGAAGGAUGUAGUCUUUCUCAUCGACGGGUCCCAAAACGCCAGCCCAGAGUUCCAGCACAUCCGCACCCUGAUUGAGAGGCUGGUUGAGUACCUGGACAUAGGCUUUGACACCACCCGGGUAGCGGUCAUCCAGUUCAGUGAGGACCCCAAGAUGGAGUUUCCUCUGAAUGCCCACUUCAGCAAGGACGAAGUGCAGAGUGCUGUCCGCCGGCUGAGGCCCAAGGGCGGGAGACAGAUCUACAUCGGAAAUGCUCUAGAGUACGUGCUGAAGAACAUCUUCCAGAGGCCGCUGGGGAGCCGCAUAGAGGAGGGCGUCCCGCAGUUCCUGGUCCUGCUGUCAUCAGGGAAGUCUGAUGACGAGGUGGAUGACUCAGCUGCGGAACUCAAGCAGUUUGGUGUGGCCCCAAUCACCAUAGCCAGGCACACAAACCAGGAAGAGCUGGUGAAGAUCUCCCUGAGCCCCGAGUAUGUGUUCUCGGUGAGCACCUUCAGGGAGCUCCCCAGAUUGGAGCAGAAACUGCUGACGCCCAUCACCACUCUGACCUCCCAGCAGAUCCAGCAGAUCCUGGCCAGUGCUCAGUAUGCCCCUUCAGUGACUGAAAGUGAUGCUGCUGAUAUCGUCUUCCUGAUUGACAGCUCCGAUGCCGUCAAGGCUGAUGGCAUUGCUCAUAUUCGAGACUUUAUCAGCAGGAUUGUUCGAAGACUCAAUAUCGGCCCCAGUAAAGUGAGGAUUGGGGUUGUGCAGUUCAGCAAUGAUGUCUUCCCCGAGUUCUACCUGAAGACCCACAAGUCACAGUCGCUUGUGCUCGAUGCCAUACGGCGUCUGAGGUUCAAAGGAGGGUCUCCCUUGAACACUGGCAAAGCCCUGGAGUUUGUGGCAAGAAACCUCUUUGUGAAGUCUGCUGGGAGCCGGAUAGAAGAUGGGGUGCCUCAACACCUGGUCUUAUUCCUGGGUGGGAAGUCCCAGGAUGACGUGUCUAGGCAUGCCCAAAUCAUAAGCUCGUCAGGGAUCAUGAGUUUAGGGAUAGGAGACCGAAACAUUGAUAGGGCAGACUUGCAAACCAUCACCAAUGACCCAAAAAUGGUCUUCACGGUUCGGGAAUUCAGAGAGCUGCCCAACAUAGAAGAGAGGGUCAUGUUUUCAUUUGGAACAUCUGGGGCCACUCCUCGGCCUCCCAGCGUAGAAAUAGUUCCUCCUUCACGGCCAGAGAAGAAAAAGGCAGACAUCGUGUUCCUGCUGGAUGGUUCCAUCAAUUUUAGGAGGGAGAGCUUCCAGGAAGUGCUCCGUUUUGCAUCUGAAAUUGUGGACACUGUCUAUGAAGAGGGCGAUUCCAUCAGAGUGGGUCUGGUCCAGUACAACUCAGACCCCACGGAUGAAUUCUUCCUGAAGGACUAUUCCACUAAAAGGCAGAUCAUUGAUGCCAUCAACAAAGUGGUCUACAAGGGAGGGAGGCAUGCCAACACCAAGGUGGGCAUCCAGCACCUGCGGCUCAAUCACUUUGUGCCUGGCGCAGGCAGCCGCCUGGAUGAGCGAGUCCCUCAGAUCGCCUUCGUGAUCACGGGAGGGAAGUCAGUGGAGGAUGCUCAGGAUGCCAGCCUGGCCCUCACCCAGAAAGGUGUCAAGGUGUUUGCUAUUGGCGUGAGAAACAUCGACUCUGAGGAGGUGGGGAAGAUAGCUUCCAACAGUGCCACAGCCUUCCGGGUGGGCAGCGUGCAGGAGCUAUCCGAACUCAGUGAGACGGUUCUGGAGACUUUGCACGACGCCAUGCAUGAAACUCUCUGUCCUGGAGUGACGGAUGUUUCCAAAGCCUGUAAUCUGGAAGUCAUCCUGGGGUUUGAUGGAUCUAGAGAUCAGAAUGUAUUUGUGAGUCAGAAGGGCCUUGAGUCCAAGGUAGACACCAUCUUAAAUCGAAUCAGCCAGAUGCAAAGGAUCAGCUGCAGUGGCAACCAGCUGCCCACCGUGCGGGUGUCGGUGGUGGCCAACACACCCUCCGGGCCAGUGGAGGCCUUUGACUUUGCUGAGUAUCAGCCAGAGCUGUUUGAGAAGUUUCGAAACAUGCGCAGCCAGCACCCAUACAUCCUCACAGCUGACACGCUGAAGCUGUACCAGAACAAGUUCAGGCAGUCCUCCUCGCCUGACAGCGUGAAGGUAGUCAUUCACUUCACGGAUGGAGCAGACGGAGACCUGGCUGACUUACACAGAGCAUCAGAGGAACUCCGGCAAGAAGGUGUCCGAGCUCUGAUCUUGGUGGGCCUUGAACGUGUGGCCAACCUGGAGCGGCUGACGCAGCAGUUGGAGUUUGGGCGGGGCUUCAUGUAUGACAGGCCUCUGAGACUCAACUUGCUUGACUUGGAUUAUGAACUAGCAGAGCAGCUUGUGAGUCUUUGUUUCUUUUAAACAGUUUUACACACAGACUAAUUUAGACUUUUGGCAUCUCAAGACAGUAAAGAGGGAUGUC